CUUAGCCAUUGUCACAAUCUACCGGUUCCUAAAUCGAGAGAGCGGAGAGGACAGCCAAUCAUUGACUACACGGACGAGUUUUCAGCUGAUCCAUUCGAGGUGCUGAUAACAGUCUAUUAUGCUGAAGCCCGCACAACGAGGACGAGCUAUCCAAUUAUCGGAGUAUCCAAGUGUUUUCCGAUCACGUAA